UGUUACCGCUGGCCUUGAGACGAAACCAGAAAAAAUAGCCGUUGCCGGGCUUCCCCUCUCCCGAGUUCAUUUUUCUUGAAACCAUUGAGAGUCAAUUUCUUCCAAACUCUAUCAGAUAUCCUCCUAAUUCCAUAAACCAAUCUUCUGUUUUCAUCCUUCGAUCCCACCGAAAAAGCCUCCUUUUAUUUUUACUAGAGCAAACCUGCAAUGGCAUCCAAAACAGUUGCUAAAGACAUCAUCACUCUGCGCGGUUCUGCGGCAAUUGUUAGUGAGUUCUUUGGUUAUGCAGCGAACAGUAUACUAUACAAUCGAGGGGUUUAUCCAGAAGAGAGUUUUCUGAAGGUGAAGAAAUAUGGGCUCCCAAUGUUGCUUACACAGGAUGAAGGUGUUAAAUCCUUUAUUGCCAACCUAAAUGCUCAGUUAUCAGAAUGGCUAGAAGCUGGGAAGUUACAGAGGGUUGUUCUUGUGAUAAUGAGCAAGGCCACCAAUGAGGUUCUAGAGAGGUGGAAUUUCAGCAUUGAGACUGAUAGUGAGGUGGUGGAGAAGGGGGUGUCAAGGGAAAAGAGUGAUAAAGAAAUAAUGAGAGAGAUACAAGCAAUAAUGCGUCAGAUUGCUUCGAGUAUUACUUACUUGCCAUGCCUGGAUGAAGCUUGUGUUUUUGAUGUGUUAGCGUACACGGAUAAAGAUGUGGCAGUGCCUUUCACUUGGAUUGAGAGUGAUCCAAAAUUGAUUGCUAAUCCACAAAUGGUGAAAUUGCAUUCUUUUGACACCAAGAUUCACAAGGUCGACACUCUGGUUUCAUACAAGAACGAUGAAUGGGAUGAGGAGUAAAGAAAGCAUCUUUGACUUUCAUGUACUGUGAAUCUUUUAUUCACAUACGGAUACAAAAGAGUUAAAAUUCUUCUGUGAGUUGUUCCAAGUUCCUUCAUGUUUUAAGAAAAUGGGAAUGAAGAAAUCCAGACUUGUGGGGUCCUUAGUUUUUUUU